GCAUUGAUGAAAUACCAGAAAAUAAAUAUCUGAAUAAAAUUGAACAAAAAGAGUUGAGCAAGACACCGACAAGAGUAUUAUCCUCUAAACUAGAGGUAACGAAACCCAUUAACAGUCGGCUUCCUAUAUCCUAUGAACCAGAACCCGAUAUCGAUAUUGAUGACAUGGAAGAGGAGGAGAGACAAAUGAGACUUGAACAAGAAGUUAAUAGGUAUUCAAAAACUAAUACACUCUCACAUGAAUAUUGUAAUGGAGCCCCCGACGACGAAGAUGAUUUAGUACCACAAAACUCAAACGCUAACAAGCGGCUAUCUUCAAAACAUGAAUUGAUGAAAAUGCAACAAGAACUCAUACAUGAUUUGUGUGAAGAUGAUGGCAACGAAGACGAGGAAUACCUACAAGCAAAAUAUUUGCAAGAGACAACAUAUCUGGAUGAAGAAGAUGAUAGUCUUGUAAAUCAAUCUACCGUUCGUCCCAAAACAGUCGACGACGAGGAUGAAUGUGAACUCGACGAUUUGUUAAACGACAUUAAAGAGCAGGAUGCAGAAUUGAAAGGGCGAAAAUCAACAUUUAAUGACUUUGCUUAUGCUGAUUUCGAAAGUACUAGGAGAAAACAACAGGAUAAGUCCCCAGCUCAACGCAUCACGUUUCCGGUUGAACAUGGCAAUACGUUAGACACUGUAGAGCUUGACGAGGAUGGUUUUGAGGUCUACGAUCCUGAGAUGUUUGAAAUAAGACAUUCACAGGCAGCUGCUACAUUGAAUACAAAUCGACCAAACACUUCGUAUAAUUCACAUUCAACAUCCACCAUUGUAAUCGAUGACCAUGAUACACCGAGCACCAGUCGAGCCUCAUUUAUAAAUGACUUACUCAAAACACCUACCUCCUCAUCCAACAGACUCUCAACACUAGAUAAACAGACUACAAACUUAACAGCAUCAGCCCAAAAAAUUGCUGGCAAUUUUCAUUCAAAUGUUCAAAAUGAUGGAAUUACAGGAGAAUUUGAUGGUUACAAUUAUCCUCAUUCGAAACGACUCAUGGAAGCUCUACGUGUAAAUUUUGGUCUAAAGAGUUUUCGCACCAAUCAACUGCAGGUGAUAAAUGCUGCUUUGACGGGUCACGAUUGUUUUGUAUUAAUGCCUACCGGAGGUGGAAAAUCCUUAUGCUAUCAACUGCCGGCCAUAAUGACAGAAGGUGUGACUAUUGUCAUAAGUCCGCUAAAGUCUUUGAUAUCCGAUCAAGUGAAUAAAAUGGCUUCCUUGGAUAUAUACGCCAAAAAUUUCUCUGGUGAUCAAUCGUUGCAGGAACAACGAGCCAUUUAUUGUGAUUUGGAAACAACACCGCCUCGUAUUAAAAUCCUUUAUGUGACCCCAGAAAAAAUUUCCAGUUCUGCAAAGUUUCAAGAUCUCCUUGAUACUCUGUAUGCGAAUAACAGUAUAUCACGCUUUGUCAUAGACGAAGCCCAUUGUGUAUCACAAUGGGGCCAUGACUUUCGUCCCGACUACAAACGCCUAGGUAUACUGAGAAAGCGUUUUCCAAAAGUGCCCGCAAUGGCAUUGACAGCUACCGCAACACCUCGUGUAAGAAUGGAUAUAUUGAAACAAUUGAAUCUCCAAAGCCCUAAGUGGUUUUUAUCCAGUUUCAAUCGUAGCAAUCUCAAGUAUACAGUGCUCCCUAAAAAAGGUUCAACCACCGUGGAUGAUAUUAAGAAUUUCAUUCUUUCUCGACCUGCCACAGACAGUGGCAUCAUCUAUUGCCUAUCGCGCAAGGAAUGUGAUGAUGUUGCCCAACGUAUGUGCAAGUUUGGCAUUAAAUCUUGUGCUUAUCAUGCCGGUCUUUCGGAUAGCGUAAGGGAGACACGCCAAAAAGAUUGGAUUACCAAUAAAUAUCGGGUUAUUUGUGCCACCAUAGCAUUUGGCAUGGGUAUUGAUAAGCCAGAUGUACGGUUUGUUUUGCAUUAUUCAUUGCCAAAAUCAAUUGAAGGAUAUUAUCAGGAGGCUGGUAGAGCGGGGCGUGAUGGUGAAACGGCCCAUUGCAUUUUAUACUACAACUACAGUGAUAUGAUGCGUUAUCGUAAAAUGAUGGAUAUGGAUAAAUCAAUUACGGCAAAUGUUAAAAAUAUUCACAUUGAAAAUUUAAAUCGCAUUGUGGGCUAUUGUGAAAAUGUUGCCGAUUGUCGACGGGCACAGCAGUUGGAUUACUUUGGCGAACAUUUCACCAGAGAGGAAUGUUUAAGAAAUCGUGCUACAGCAUGUGAUAAUUGCCUUAAACAACAACAGUAUACAAUUAUUAAUCCUUUGGAGCAAUGUCGAAAGGUUGCUCAUUGUGUAAAGGACAUAUGUAGCGGUCGUUCGCGUUUUACCUUAUUGCAUAUUGCCGAUGUCCUUAAAGGAUCAAAUAUUAAAAAAAUUAUUGAUUUUAAUCACAACAAAACUCGACAUCAUGGUAUCUUCAAGGAGUGGGAUAAGGCUGAUAUACAGCGAUUACUUCGUAUCAUGGUUACAAAGGAAUUUUUGCGAGAAGAUCUGAUAUUUGCCAACGAUAUUCCACAGGCGUAUUUAUAUUUGGGACCACAAGUCGAAAGACUUAUGAAAGAAACGCAUGCCAUGGAAUUUGCAGUCACCCGCAAACAAGGCAAAGGCCAAAAGAAUGCUGCCAAUGAUGAUGCAGCAUCCAGUUCAGCAAGCAAUAAGACAAAUGCAUCUUCCAAGGGAAGUGAACAACUUAAGGACAUUUAUCACCGUUGUUAUUCGGAUCUUUUGGACUUGUGUCGCACAAUUGCCGCUCAGCGAAAUGUUACAAUGGCCAGUAUCAUGAAUAUCCAGGCUAUUAAAGCCAUGGCUGAGCAAUUGCCAGAAACUGAGGCUGAAAUGUGUUCCAUUCCACAUGUGACCAAGGCUAAUUUUGAUAAAUAUGGUGCAAAACUCUUGGAAAUCACAAGAAAUUAUGCAGCUGAGAAACUAUGCAUUCUUAUGGACUUAGAAGAACAGCAAGAAAAAGCAAAGCCAAAUAAACAGAUUGUUGAUGACAACAGUGAAAGCGAUGAAUAUGAAGACGAUGGAGCCAAUUGGAGUAGAGCCGCCGCAUCACAGGGAAGUUCGAAUAGUGGUGGUGGUAGCAGUUAUCGCGGUGGUAAACGAAAACGUACCUGGCGUGCCAGAGGUGGCAGUGCCAAGAAGUCUCGCAAAGCAUCUGGUACAAGUUCCAAUAGUUGGGGGGUAGCCACUGUAAGUCCUUCCAAAAAGUAUGGAAGUAAAAAAGUAUUUGGCUCACCAUCUCGAGGAAAACGGGGCAGUUCAAGUCGCGGUAGAGGUGGAUCUGGCAGUACUCGUGGGGGUGGUGGUACUUGGAUAGCUAAGAAAACUGGUUCAAGUGGAGGUUUUCAACUUAUGCCUAUACCAACAUCGAAAUAAUUUUUAUAUGUUCGUUUUUUGUUCAUUAACUUGUAUUUUGCAAUUUAUGUUUAAAAGUCCUCUCAUAAUUUCAUUUUAAUAUGUAACAAGUUCAAAAACAAUUCGAUAAAUAAUUAAUUUUUCUAUAAAAAGCUGAAACAGAAAAACUAUAAAGUGUGAAUUUUUAAAAUUUGUUGUUUGAUAAACGUUUGUUAAGUUGUAAUUUAA